UGGUGGUAGUGGUGCUAUUGGUGGCAUUAUUGCUGGUUGUGGUCUUGCUAGUGGAGGUCUUGGUCCUUCUGGUUUUGGUCGUGGUUUUGGGGGUUCUCUUAUUUUUAUUCGUGGUGAUUAUUUUAAUGGUCACUUAUGUUUGUGUGAGAAACAUUAA